AUGAGGGCCACUUUGGCUGCUGAGGCCCCCAGCGAUGAGGGGCCACAGCGGGAUUCUCAGCGGCGGCAGCACACUCCUCCAGAGCAACAGCAUCAUUUAGAACCUGCGGAUGGGCAUCAGGAUUGCAAACAGCAUCGCCGACGUGGGCAUCCUCGACGGCAGCGGCAGCAAAAGGCGCCUUCACGCCCUGAGUCUGUGGCCGUACCCCCUGAGCUGCUAGGAGCUGCACUCGAGCGGCAGCAUGUUGACUAUAUUUAUGAGAAAAUCGCGCCACACUUCAAUCACACCAGGUACCUAGCCCUUAACCGUAAACUGUUACCCGGUAAUGUUACUCAGGUGUGCAGAGAAAUAUCUGGCAUUGCUGAUGGCGUUCUCUGCAUUGCAGUACUCCACCACCUCACGACUGAGGCCAGGAGGUUGCACGCACUCGGGGAAUUGGCUCGAAUUACACGUCCUGGAGGGCGUAUCCUGAUUUACGUAUGGGCACUGCAGCAUGAGGCGGGGAGCGUCGGGGAACGAAGAUUUCCAAGCCAAGACGUGUUGGUACCUUGGGUCUACCAGAAGCGUUUUGAACAGUCACGCGCACCUGCUGACGCGGAUGGUGGAAACGAAGCAGGGGGUUUCUCCGGACCCCUUCAGGGCCCCUCUUGUGUGCCUGAGGCGUCGGACACAUUGGGCGAUGAGACGGUAUACAGGUACUACAGAGUCUUUACACAGGACGAGUUAUUGGGCCUUUGUGCGCAAGAGCAGCGCGUGAAGGUUCUUGACUGCUGGAAUGACACAAACAAUUGGGCUGUGCUGCUAGAGCGACGCAUUGACACAUAG